AUGCAGGUAACCCCAGGCCAAGUCGCCGGUUCACCGGCCGCCUUUCCUCCCACCCAGCAGCAUGGUGCGUACCAACAACCCGGAUUCGCCGUUAGUGCAUCAGGCCAUCAGCAACAGCCGCCAUCUUUGAUGACUUCACCACCACCGCGUCGUGACUACUCUCGGCAAAUGAUUACUCUAAACUCGAUACAGAUUGCGAAUACUGUGCUGAAUGUUAGCUUCGGCAUCGCUGAGAUCUUUUUGAGGAGUCUCAUAGCUUACAUCGGUGUUUUAAUAUGGGCCCCUCUUUGCUUUUACCUGCCAGCUGGAAUACUCGGAUUGUUGUCUGGGAAGAUUCAGUCUCAACGAAGAUGUUUGGCCGUUGGAUGCCUGGUCAUGUGUAUCUUGGCCGCCAUUAGUGCCUUUGCAGUCCUCAUUGUGGAAUGCGUCCAAGCAGCUGUAGGAUACAGAGACUUCUAUUCUUGUGACCAUAACUACGGUUAUGAUCAAUAUUACUGCACUAAGGGGAUGACGGCUGCACGCCGUACAGUUUCCAGCCUCUCCGCCUUGGUCGCCCUGCUUGAGUUGGUGGUGUCCAUAGUCACAUCUGCCUACUGCUGCUUGGUAAUCGGCACCGGAACGCAGGCCAAACCAAUGACAGUGGUUUAUACUACUACAACGACAGCUACGCCGAUGGGGGCAUACAACAUCAGCCCACAGCUACCAGCUACGCCAAUGGGCGCUUACAAUGUCAGCCCACAUCCACAAUUCGAAGCUCCCCCACAAAAUCAGUUUACUCCUUACCCUGGAGUCAUGCCCGCCGCUGGGGGCGCUGCAGGUGGAGACAACACAGUUCAGCUACCACCACCGAGCUACAGCCAAACUGACCUUCCAAACAAGAACUAAAGUCGCCGCCCAACUUCGAAUGUCUCUUGGAAUCAAAGAGUUUGCUUUACAAUUCAUUUGCCCUUUUUUUUAGUCAUUAGUCGUUUUCUUUCUUUUUUGAAGUGAAAAAAAGGCUUGUCCUCUGAGUUGUGACAGAAGUUAAAGACACUGGACACUAUUGGUAAUUGUCAAUGACUAGCCUUCACAGUUGGUGUAUCUC